AUGGGAACUCAAGACGCUCUUCUUUACACUCUCAUCUCCAUCCUUCUAUCUCUCCUACUCUUGUUUUGGAGAUUCCUAUGGCUCUCUUACAUAGCUGUUACAUCUACGACACAUCUAACCAGCCACCAUAAUCCCUCGACCAGCCAUUCUCUGACGGCUGAAAGCGACGAAUCUGAGUUCAUGUCCUAUAUGCUACGUAAGUCUAAGUCCGUCAACAAGGCACUAGACGAGGCCGUUCCACUUUGCGAGCCAGUACUCAAGAUCCGUGAGGCCAUGAGGUAUACGCUUCUCUCCAACGGCAAACGCGUAAGACCAAUGCUUUGUUUGGCUGCAUGCGAGCUAGUCGGCGGCCAUGAGUCAACCGCUAUGCCUUCGGCAUGUGCAGUUGAGAUGAUCCACGCGUCGUCUAUCAUCUUAGACGACCUCCCUUGCAUGGACGAUGACAGCCUCCGCCGCGGAAAACCCACCAACCAUAAAGUAUUUGGCGAGGAUAUAGCCAUUUUGGCGUCCGUUGCGCUCAUGGGUUUGGCCGUCAAAAAAACCUCGUCAUCCACCGAUGUUCCUCCAGAGAUGGUUCUCCGGGCGGUUCAGGUGAUGACGCAAGCGGUGGGAACAGAAGGGCUCGUUGCAGGACAAGCUGAGGAUCUUGCCGGAGAAAGGAUGAGCUUUGAGGAAAAUGAAGACGGGUUGGAACAUCUUGAGUUUAUACAUAUUCAUAAAACGGCGUCGUUGCUUGAAGCAGCUGCGGUGGUGGGAGCCAUAAUGGGAGGUGGCUCUGAUGAGGAGAUUGAGAGGCUUAGGAAGUACGCGAGAUGCAUUGGGCUGAUGUUUCAAGUGGUGGAUGAUGUGCUCGACGUGACUAGGUCGUCAGAGGAGCUGGGGAAAACCGCUGGUAAAGAUGUGAUGGCUGGUAAGCUGACGUAUCCGAAAGUGAUGGGAGUGGAGAAGUCGAGAGAAUAUGCAGAAAGGUUGAACAGAGAAGCCAGAGAGCAUCUUCGUGGGUUUGAUUCAGACAAGGCAGCUCCUCUGUUGUUUCUGGCUGAUUACAUUGUCAACAGACAAAACUGAUGUGGCAAAUUAUGAAAUUACUAAUGUCUAUGUAGACAUCUAGGCCUGACUUAACCUAAUGGUCCAAUGGCUUGCACUUGUCCAUGUGUUUCGUUGACUUUUUAAUUUCCCGGUCCUUCCAUUUCUCUGAAAGUGGAUUUGUGGAUACAUUUAUCAAUUUCGUUUCUAUCCACCCUUCUUACUUUUUAUAUUGAAUACAAUCUUAUUUUGUUUCUUGAUGUUCAAAGCAGGAUAUGAUUUUGUUUUCCAUCAAUUUGUACUAUUCAUUUGACUUUGUAGACUACAUAAAAACUAUAAACUAAAAAUAAUGAGAGAAAAGAUAGAUACACAAACUUGGGCCUAUUUGAGCUUCAACUCACAUGUGUUGGUUCAUAUAGGAGAAAUAGUUUUUUCUUGCAACAAAAGUAUUGAAUGAAACCAAAGUGAUAGCUACUAUGUCUCGGAUGUAGUAAAAUAUAGUGGUUUGAUUGCUUCAUCUUCUGCAAACUAUUAAAAUUUUGAUUAUUCAAAACAAAAGAACAUUAUAUUUUAUUGAUCAUCAUAUAUAUACGCAAUCAUUUUCCCUGGAGGGUGAUUUAAUAAAGAGUUCUGUAUAAUAAAUGAAACAUGCAUGGGAGUUGUCACAUGUUUUCUUGCCGUCAUCAUCGUAUCCACAAACUCUAUUUUCUUGAAUCUUCAUCACGUUCUUGCAUGUAGUACGAACCAAAGUAUAGCAGUGAAUGUUUGGGAUAGAUACCUUCAGACUUCAGUGAAGUUCAGUCGUAUUGCCGCCAAAAGGAAGAAAGAUUCAAAUUUAUAAACAGAUGGUAUGGGAGUUGGUCCGCGUCUGACGUGGCUAAGUGAACUUAACCUUAAAACCGAGUGAACCGGUGUUAAACCGAUAUAAACCCAUUAUAAUUAACAUUCAAUUC